AUGGCAGCUCAAUUGUAUGAAACGACAAGUGGUCGUUUAUUCCACGCGGGUGCUGUUGCUGUGAUCACAGUAGGUUUACCUGCUCGUGGUAAAACUCAUGCUUCUCGAUCGUUAUGCCGAUACAUGCGAUGGUUGGGUGUUUCUACUGAAGUGUUUAGUGUAGGCAACUAUAGACGUGAAAGACUUGGAUCCCUUUCUGAGGAAUGGUUUGAUCCCCAUAACGAAAAGGCAGUUCAAACUCGUAUGAAGAUUGCUGAUGAAUGUCUUGACGAUUUGAUCACUUGGCUCACAACAGGUGGUGGACAAGUAGCUAUCCUUGAUGGCAAUAAUGUGUCCGAGUCAAGACGAAAGGAAAUACAUGAUAAGCUGAUAGCCAAUGACAUACAUCCAUUGUUUUUGGAAUUUAUAUGUAAUAAGCCAGAUAUCAUUCUUGCCAAUAUCCGAAGUGUCAAAAUAUCGUCACCUGAUUAUGUCGGCUGGGACCCUGAGGAGGCAGUAAACGAUUACAAGCGUCGAAUCAAACAACAUGAAGAAAACUAUGAGACAAUCACUGAUACAUCGCUUCCGUUUGUCAAAAACAUGAAUGCAGGAGAACAGUUUAUUGUGAACAAUGUGAUUGGAUAUCUCCAGUCUCGUAUCGUUUAUUAUCUCAUGAACCUCCAUAUUCAACCGCGUACUAUUUACUUUGCAAGGUCCGGUCCAUCAUUAAAUGACAACUCAUACAAAGCAGACGCAAAUCUGUCUGAAGAAGGAAAGCAGUAUGCAGAAAAGUUAAAGAACUUUAUGUUGGCUUAUCACGAAACGAAGAAUUUAAGCUUGGUUGCAGAUGAGCAGCGUCUUUUGACGGUCUGGACAUCAACCCAGAAAAAGGACCUCGAAACAGCUAUUCCGUUUGUCGAUGAGAAUAUACCAGUUCGACAGCAGUCUGUUCUUAACCAGCUUAAUCCUGGUGAAUCAGACGGAUUGUCCGAAAGUGAGCUAAAGGAAAAGUAUCCCGAGGAUUUCGAAAAGGCUUGUGAGAAUCCAUAUCGUCAUCGAUAUCCUCGUGCAGAGUCCUACCAUGACCUGGCUGUGAGAUUAGAGUCUGUGAUUAUGGAACUCGAGAGAGAAAAGAAUGACGUGCUGAUUAUUGCUCACGAAACUGUAUUACGUUGCUUAUAUGCUUAUUUAUUUGAUAGACCUGCCAAGGAAAUACCAAAUAUCAAAAUAUCUCGAUCCUGUAUAGUAGAAAUCACACCUACAGCUUAUGGAUCAAAGGAGGGUUAUGUAGAAUUUUAA